GUUCAUCAUAAAAUAUUUUAUGAAAAGCUGAAUCCAUUAUUCCGUUGUUUUGCUACCAACAUGCGUUCUUCACCACUACCCCCCUACUUUUUAAUCCUACUUGUGUUCCUCAUUCAUUGUUCCAUUCAAGUAAGCUGCUUUAGGUUUAAUUUUCCAACAUUCGAGAAAGAUGAUGAAAAGCAGCUUAUCUUGAGCGAGGACACUACUGACAUAGAACAGAAUGCCAUCCAAGUUACCCCCGACUUUUCUAAUGGAAUAUACAUUGAAAAUAAAUCGGGGCGAGCCGUGUAUAAGAAACCUUUUAGAUUGUGGAGAGACAGUCACACCAUUGCUUCUUUCAAUACAACCUUUGUCCUCAAUAUCGAAAAAAAAACAUCUCCUGGGGGUGAAGGCCUAGCGUUUAUAAUAGCUGGGAAUUCUACUCUUCCACCCAACAGCGAAGGGAGAUGGCUUGGGAUUGUGAACUCGGAUCCGAAUGGUUCCCAGGUGGUGGCGAUGGAGUUCGACACAAGGAAGAGCGAUGAUCAGGACUUGGAUGAUAACCAUAUUGGCUUGGACAUAAAUAGCAUAAACUCCAAACCCUCAGUUUCUUUAACUCGCUUUGGUUUUAAUAUUUCAGGAGGUAGUGAUUUAUGGGUUCUUCUUCAAUAUGAUGGUCAAAACUUGACUGUGAGGGUAAACGAGACUCUUGUGCUUUCUCAGCGUCUUGAUCUUUCUAGGUAUCUUCCAAAGGAGGUGUUUGUUGGAUUCUCUGCUUCAACAAGCAAUGAGACUCAGCUGAACUGUGUCAAAUCCUGGGAGUUUUCCGGAACCGAUAUCGGAGGAGAGGGGAACUUGUUGUGGGUAGCUUGGAUAAUGAUUGCAGUAGUGAUUCUGGUGUUGUUUAUUGGGGUUCUUUUUUACUUGUAUUGGAGAACAGGCCCCAUUGAGGAGGAUCUUGAAGGUGCGCAAAAAAAUAUAGAAGAAGAGAUUAGACGUUCGGAUAUUGCUCCAAAGAAGUUUCGAUUCAGUGAAUUGAAACAAGCAACUGGCAACUUCAGCCCCAAUAACAAGCUUGGGAAAGGUGGAUUCGGAACUGUGUACAAAGGGUCAUGGGGAAACAAGGACGUAGCUGUGAAAAGAGUGUCGAAGAAAUCAAAUCAAGGCAAGCAAGAAUUCAUAGCGGAAGUAACAACCAUUGGCAACCUCAACCACAAAAAUCUCGUGAAGUUAAUCGGGUGGUGCUAUGAAAGGCGUGAGCUCCUUCUUGUAUACGAAUACAUGCCAAAUGGAAGCCUUGAUAAGUACAUAUUUUGUGAUGAAAAAGCAGGCAUUGUGGAAUCGAGAUUGAAUUGGGAGCAAAGGCAAAAUAUAAUACAAGGGGCAGCUCAAGCACUCGAGUAUCUUCACAAUGGUUGUCAAAACCGGGUACUUCACCGUGACAUAAAAGCCAGCAACAUAAUGUUGGACUCAGAGUUCAUCGCUAAGCUAGGGGAUUUCGGGUUGGCUCGAACCAUUCAUGAAAAAGAGAAGGCUUAUCAUUCCACCAUAGAGAUUGCUGGUACACCUGGUUAUAUGGCUCCGGAAACCUUUCUUAUCAGCCGAGCAACGGUGGAAACCGAUGUCUAUUCCUUCGGCGUUCUCAUCUUGGAAGUUGUUUGCGGGAGGAAACCUGGUAACAAAAGCAAGCAAAAGAAUUACAAUAAUAGCAUCGUCAAUUGGGUAUGGGAACACUAUAAGAAUGGGAAGAUCACUGCCGCUGUGGAUUCCAGGAUGGAUGGGAACUUCGUCGAGAAUGAAGCCGAGCGUGUGCUGAUUCUAGGAUUGGCAUGUUGCCAUCCGAACCCACAUUACAGGCCUUGUAUGAGAACUGUUUCACAGGUUCUUUUGGGGGAAAUUGAUCCACCAGAGGUGCCUGAAGAGAGGCCUUCAUUUGUUUGGCCAGCUAUGCCCCCAUCUUUCACUCAAAUGGAGUACUCUCUUAAAGGCAGCCAACUCAAUCCAUUUACGGACCUCGCGGGCAGGUAAGGUCAUAAGUCAACCGCAAGCUGGUUCUUUUGAGCUUGAACAUACUGUAAUUAUGUUAAUGAAUACUAUUUUUUUUUUCAAUUAGAUGUCCAAUCAUGUAGUAAAUAUUGUGUUAGAAGUGUUAAAGAUGAAAGUCUAAGAUAAUAAGAUUUCAAUAGUGUUUACUGUAUAUAGCAACUUCGAUUGCAAGUUGACCAUUUUAAUAAUUCAAUACGCACAUGAUUAGAAA